AUGGCUACAAGCAUGAAAGCUUCGAACGACAGUUGCACCGCCAAGUCGGGCGAGGUGGACGAUGAGGUGCACAGCGGGGUUGGAGAAGUGGUCGAAUUGAAGAAGCCUUUCUCUCGAUUCACAAUCCUGUCGCUGACUGUCGUUCUGAUGUCAACAUGGGAGGCCUUUUCUAGUACGAUGGCAGCGGGUCUUGUCAGUGGUGGUCCUGUUUCGCUGGUCUAUGGGUAUCUUUUGGCAGUUGUUGGCUCGAUUGCGACCGCAGCGUCGUUGAGUGAAAUGGCGUCGAUAUACCCUACCGCAGGGGGCCAGUAUCAUUUCACAGCCAAAUUUGCGCCAGAACAAUUGCGGAGAUCCUUCAGCUGGGCUGUUGGAUGGAUUGGGACUUUUGGAUGGGUGUCAUUCACUGCCAGCGCCCCUUACCUCUCUGCCGGUAUGGUUCAGGGCCUGGUGGUUCUCACCCGCGAGACGUAUCAGCCCCAGCGCUGGCAUGUAUCACUGAUCUACUGGGCUAUGGUCGGAUUGGCCACCGUUCUGAAUGUGUGGGGUAGUCGUCUGCUAUCCUUGGUGGAGACCAUUUCACUACUGAUCCACUUGGUCGGAUUUGUUGCUAUUCUGAUUGCUGUGUGGGUUUGUGCGCUGGCAACGAAUGACGCGCACUUCGUAUUUACGACAUUCAUCAAUAGCACUGGCUGGUCCACUGAUGGACUGGCCUGGUGUCUGGGUAUGCUCUCAAGCUGCUACGUUCUGACAGGCUACGACGGGGCAAUACAUCUGUGCGAGGAGAUGGCCAACGCCACCACAGCCGUUCCAUACUGUAUGCUUGGCUCCCUGGCUAUCAACGGCAUCCUCGGAUUCGCAUACCUUGUUACUAUUCUUUUCUGCAUGGGAGACAUGGAGAGCGCGCUGGACACUGGUACAGGAUAUCCGAUUAUUGAGAUCUUCCGCAAUGCAACGCAAUCUUCGGCCGCGAGUUGUGUUAUGACCGCCGUUCUCAUCAUCACGGCAUGGCUGGCUACGAUCGCGCUGCUGGCAUCAACCGCUCGAAUGGUCUUGUCCCUGGCUCGGGAUAGAGCCCUCCCAUUCUCUACUUAUUUUUCCCACGUUGACAAUCACACCCACCUACCAACACGUUCUAUCCUUGCCACCACCGGCCUCCUCGUGUUAUUCGGACUGAUCAAUAUUGGAUCGACCACGGCUUUUAACGCGAUCCUCUCUCUCGCUGUUCUCGGGCUGCACGUCUCCUAUGUUGUUCCGAUUAUCUUCUUCUUGUGGCGUCGCAUUUGGCUGCCGCAUAGCCUGCAGCCGGGGCCGUGGAGUCUUGGUCGGGUGGGAAUCAUCGUCAACAUUGUCGCCAUUCUUUAUCUCUGCUUCACGAGCAUUUUCAUGGUCUUUCCCGCUUACCAGCCGGUUACUCCUUCGAACAUGAAUUACGCCUCGUUGAUCUUCGGGGCUGUCUUGCUGUGGAGUGGGGGAUUUUGGUUAUGGCGAGGCCGAAAGGAAUAUGAUGGACCUGUGGUUGUUCUGGCCGAUGGUUGA